CACCUUCCUCUCUCCCACUCUCAUGUAUUCUACGCGUCGUCGUCCCGCUCGUUGAGGAUGGAGAACGCGGGGAGGGCUGCAUUUCCGGACCCGGGCCAUGUGAUUGCCGCGGGCCGGGCGAUGAUGCAAAUCAUGGGGGACGCAUACCGGCAACAGAGCGGGGCGGACUCAAAACCCGGUCACCACCUUGCCUUUACCCGCCAUCUCAUUCGCCGGGGUCGACAACGCCAUGGGUUUCCCGCAAGACAUCGCCGCACCGUUCCCCGAGAUUGGGAAGAUGCCCCUCGACGCGCAGGCCGUGCCCAUCCCGGGUACGAAGCGCGAGGGACAGACAGCGCAUUAUAGGAACGGUCUCUGGGGCUAUGUGGAUGAGAACUCGCCGGGGGCCGUCAGGACACUUGACAAGCUAUGGGAGCGCACCCUCCACCAUCGCGCGGACCGCAACUUCUUGGGCCAUCGUCCUCUCCUAUCCAAGAACCCCCUCAAGUUUGACAACAAAUAUGUAUGGCAAACCUACGCGGAGGUCGACGUUCGGCGGAAGAACAUAGGUAGCGCGCUGGUCUCGCUCUUCCAGGAUGGAACCAUCGGUGGUGGCGAGCUGGACACGGUUGGUAUUUGGGCUCCCAACCGGCCAGAGUGGUUCAUCGUGGACCUUGCCGCGCAGGGGUACAAGAAGGUCCUGGUCAGCUUGUACGACACGCUGGGCCCCGACUCGGUUUCCUACAUCAUCAACCACUCCCAUCUUACUGUCGUCUUCGCCCAGGCGGCGCACAUCCCCUCCCUCCUGAGGCUUGCCCCUCAGGCAACCAUGCUCCGCCUCAUCGUCAGCCUCGACCCGCUCGAGGACGACGCGCGCCGCAUCCUGACCGAGUGGGGUAAUACCUGCAAUAUCAAGGUCUUGGACAUCGCAGAGCUCGAAGCCCUUGGCGCGUCUAAACCCCACCCACCCAUACCUGCCCAGCCCGAUGACAUUGUGUCUAUCUGCUAUACAUCUGGCACCACAGGCAACCCUAAGGGUGCAUUGCUAUCCCACCAGAGCCUCGCGUUGGCCGUUCACUCCAAUACGUUUGGUAUGGAGCUGCCUGACGAUGCAGCUACUCUCUCGUAUCUGCCUUUGGCGCACAUCUAUGAGCGACUGACUGAACUGUUAAGCAUGUCGCUAGGCAUGCGCAUCGGCUACUUCAGCGGUGAUAACCUCCGCUUGCUCGAGGACGCCCAAAUCCUCAAGCCCGAAUGCUUCCCCUCCGUCCCUCGCGUCCUCAACCGCAUCUACCAAGCCGCCUCCCUCGCCGGCAAAGCCCCCGGCCUCAAGGGCGCGCUCUUCCGCAAAGCCGUCGCCGCCAAGCUCGAGAAAUUCCGCGCGACGGGCGACAACACGCACCCCCUCUGGGACCGCCUCGUCUUUAAGAAGGUGCGCGCCGUGCUCGGUGGGAACGUCAAGCUCGUCAUCUCGGGCUCCGCGCCAAUUAGCAAGGAGGUCAUCGAGUUCCUCAAGGUCGUCCUCGCGUGCGAGGUGGACGAAGGCUACGGGAUGACGGAGACGUGCGCGACGACGACGAAGUCGUGGCCGUGGGACCCGACGGCGGCGGGGACGACGGGGCCGCCUGGGCCGUGCGUGCAGGUGAAGCUGGUGGAUGUGCCGGCGAUGAACUAUACGGCGGAGGAUAAGCCCAACCCCCGUGGUGAGCUUUGCGUUCGGGGUCCGAUCAUAUUCAAGGGCUACUAUAAGGACGAGAAGAACACCCGGGAAGCCAUCGACGACGAAGGAUGGUUGCACACCGGUGAUGUCGCUGAGAUUGAUUCUGCGGGUCGUGUCAAGAUCAUCGACCGUGUUAAGAACAUCAUGAAGCUCGCGCAAGGCGAAUACGUCGCGCUCGAGAAGGUUGAGAACACCUACGGUUCUUGCCCUACCGUUCAGCAGAUCUACGUCCACGGCGACUCCCUGCAGUCCUACCUCCUCGGCAUCGUCGUCCCCGACCCCGUCCAGCUCGCCAGCAUCGUGCGCAGCGUGACGGGCGAGGCGCUCUCGCCGGAGAACGUGCAGGCGCUGGAGAAAUUCUGCCGCGAUGAGCGUGUGGUGCGCAGGAUACACGACAUCCUGGUCCAGCAGGCGCGCAAGAACGGGCUGAAGGGCUUCGAGACGAUCAAGCGGAUACACGUUACCAUGAGCCCCUUCUCAGUCGAGGAGGGCACGCUCACGCCGACGCUCAAGAUCCGCCGGAGGGAUGCGCAGAACAAGUUCAAGAAGGAGAUCGAGGAGCUGUACGCGUUGGGUGAGCCAACGCCUGGCAACGGGGUGAAGCUGUAAAUGCUGCCUCGUUUGAGGUGAUGGACUUGAUGAGUAUCUUAAAUGAUGUAUUUCAUGUGCGCUUGCUUCAAAAUAUGCGUUGAAUGAGUGUGCAGCCUCC